CGUGACGGUACCCUGCUAUGUCGGUUAUGUGAAUUUGAGGCUUGGUCCAGGCUUUGACUUGCUUGUGGAACGCCAUGCUUCUCGCGGCGUCCAUUCUGCGAGAAGAUAUCCCCGCUGCUUAUGGGCUACUACUUCUUGGAUUCCUGUCGGCGGAGAUUCUUUGCAUUCCUUCCCUGUCAUACCUCCGACGCAUUGAAAAUGUCGAUAUUUUCAGCCUGCGCUGCACUCGCACUCCCGUCGGUUGGUAUUCGCAACGGUCUUUCGGGCACCCCUUCUGGAGUACAUCAUCGUUCAGUCGAUACAAGUGCAAGUCAUCUUUCUUGUCUACUUUCGGCAGGUAUCAUGGAAUCAAACCCUCCGUACCCACUUCUGCACCGUGGACAUCAGCUUACCUCCAGACCUAAUGGAGCCUGCAACCCCUCAUCCGUGCAAAUGUGACCGUGACCAUCUACUUCAGAUGCAGCGGGGUUUACGCACAUUUACUUGUCCCGUCACUCAUAUGGAACAACAGACUCAUCAGAAAAGCCAACUUACUAUGGAUAUAUCAGGCAACUUGUUGGAUUCCUCGUUUCUUUCCACGAAGCUUCUUUGUCCUCAGGUAUAUCAUUGCUGGAGCCUCCCUUCUCGCAUCUCGAGCAAAGCACGUUGUUUGUUUCCGAUGACAUGUCAAUGUCAUGAGCGGCCGCUGCCCAUCGCCCUCGGCGGUUGGUUUCACCGGUUGGCAGGUCUUCUGCUGUUCUUACCCGACUCGGUAUGGCGCAUCAUUGUU